AUGCUCUACUCGGCCGAUAUAUUCGUCGGCUCCGAUGGCGGCGUGACGGUUGCGGCUGGAACGGUGUUUGGUGAGAUUAUUGUGUGGAGCUGGAAUGGCGAGAGUCUGGGACGGGUGACGAGGAGGCUAAGAGGGCAUGAGGGGAGCGUUUUUGCCGUUAAGUUCGAUGAUGAGAUGAGGUGGCUGGCGAGCUGUAGCGAUGACCGGACGGUCAGAGUGUGGGACUUGAUGGCUCGGGAAGGAGACGGGGAUGGGGGGAGGGAAACUACAGGCUUUGGCGAGGUUGUUGGCGAGGCGAAGGGCGGUCGUGGGUGUGUGGGAAUGGGCUGGGGUCACCAGGCACGGCCAUGGGGAGUCCGGUUCUUGCCCGCAGAGGCAGGACAAGUCAGGCUUGUUUCUAUCUCGGAAGACCUGACGGCAAAAUUCUGGGGGUUUGCGCCGAAACCCGAGGAGACGGCCACGAUGGAGAUCACGAAGUCAUGGUUGCUGCAUCAGGGGAAGAGUAUUUGGGCAUUUGCGAUUGAUACCGAAAGAGAGCUGAUGGCUAGCGGUGGGAAUGACGGGCGUGUGGGACUGGUGGACUAUUCGGAUGAUGCGGAGGUGCACCAAGACUGGCUAUUCGAGGAUGUGAUUACGCCACCACCUACACCCCCAACGCCUGUUGAGGAAAAAAAGAAAAAGAAGAACAAGCCGAUGGAUGGAUUCAAGAACUAUGCUGUGGUGGACAGCGAACGCUUCAUCGCUACUACUGUUUAUGGCCAGGUUAUGCUUCACAACAUGCGGAACAACACAUGGAAAUCCCUCGGAAGUUGGGAUGCAUUGGUGAAAUGGUCUGCUAUCCGAGUGUGGGAGGGAAACGCGGUACUGGCAGUCGGAGAUAAUGAAGGGAAACUCGGUAUCUUCGAUAUCGACAAUGACCGAUCAUGGUGGUGGGAAGGCGGCGGCAGAGGAAAGGUGGCGGAUGUCUUCGUGAAUUACUUUCAAGUCAUCACCACGUCUGUGGGCGCUGCCGCAUUCACAUUGCACUCGUUCAUGUUGCGAGAGGAUGGGGAACCGAUACGGCACUCUGUCGUCUUACUGUCCCCGGCACCACAGAGGUUUAUUGUCACUUCGGCACUCGUUUCGCAGCGAACGAGACAGGUAUUCCUUGGGUCGAGAACAGGUGAUCUCGCGGUAUAUGCCCUGCCUGCUCCAGAAUCGGCAGGAUUGGAGCUACAGCCCACGUCCUACCACUCAGAACUGUACAGCACCGACGCAAUAACCUGUAUCACCCUGUCCCCCACCUCCCCUACAACCCUCUACACCACUUCAUUCACAGGCGUCUACACAAUCCACACCCUCCCGAGCUUGGAGGCUACGCAUAUCACUCGACCGGGCAACAUAACCAACAUCGUCGGUCUCUUCUUCACGGCCGGCUCCCUCCACCUCUACGGCUUCCGGGGCACCCGUUUUGUAGUCUACAACACGGUGACGUCCUCAGACACACUUAGCAUUGAGUGCGGCGGUGGGCACCGGGCCUGGACCUUCUCUCCUUCCGCCCUCACCCCCUGGUUCAUCUGGACACAAGCCACGCGUCUCCAACUAAACCGGUCCAUUCGGCCUCGGCACGCAGUCCUCAAAUACGGCUCACACGGCCGCGAGAUCAAAACCGUCGCAUACUCUCCCACCACCCGCCUCCUUGCCACCGGGGCAGAAGACACGACAAUUCGCAUUUCCUUCGUCGCCGCAGACGGUACCGUCCGCGAGCCGGGGGCGGUGACGGUCAAGCGCCACACUACGGGUGUGCUGCAUCUGGAAUGGAGCGCAGACGGAAAACGUCUCUUCUCCUCUGGUGGCGUGGAGGAACUUCUGGUUUUCCGUGUGCGGGUGGAUAACAUGGGGUGCAUCGGCAUCGUGGAGGAGAGCUUCCUGCCUGUGCCAAAGCAAGAGGCCGAAACGAGGAUCUGCGGACUGGACGUGCUGCAGCGUGAUAGAGUGCACUACGUCGCGGCAGGUAUGAGUGAUGGGUUCGUUAGAGUCUGGACGUACAAUGGGAACGUAUGGACGCUAAAGGGGAUGGCGGCGUACGGCAGCUGCUGUCUCCUACAUGCCAAGUUCCUUCCUCUGGGCGGGGAUGACGGGAAAAUAGCGCUGCUGGUUGCAGCGACGGAUGGACAUCUGGCUAUUUACGACGUUGGUGAGCUGGCGAUGCGGCAAGUGUGGAGGCAACGGGUGCACCAGAGCGGGAUCAAGGCGCUUUCGGUCGACUACUCUCUGGACUCAGGGAAAAUCACAUUCUUCACAGGCGGCGACGAUUGCGCCAUCGCUUCGAUCGCUAUGGAGUACUCCCAUAACCAGUGGAAAUCACUGGCGUGUACCCUUGUGGAUCGCGCGCACACAAGUGCUGUUACAGCAAUCCUACCUGUGGCCGGGGGAGUGAUUACGGCGGGUGUGGACCAGAGGGUUAAGAUUUGGAAUAGGCGGUUGGAGGCCCUGGGCGGAGUGAGUAGUAUGGUGGCUGAUCUGGGCGGGGCGGUGACAGUCGAUACUGAUGAUGGUGUAAAUGCGGUGGUGGUUGUUGGUGUGGGGAUCGAGACGUGGAAGGUCGGGGAAAUAAAUGGUCUAUAG